AGCGCGUAGUUCGCUGAAAAAUGAAAAGACUGCUCGAAAAGCGGCUUUAAGAAAAGCGACGAUGACACCAAGGCUGUGCAAAUUCUCACAAUUUUAGGUCGUUCACGUGCGCAAAAUCCCGUUGCUGGAUGAUUAUUGUCGUAUUAAGUUUUUUUGACAGUUUUUACGUGACGCCAGCGAAGGUAAUUUUCCUGAUGCGAAUUCACUUAUCUAAUUUUCACUCGACUCACUUUCUCCGCUCGUUUGUUUCGAAAGCUAACGUCUGACGCGUUCGUUCGAAAUACCUAUUCGUUUCAAAUUGAACAGUCCGCGCAUUAUUUUUUUCCCUCACGCUUUCAGAGUGUUCGCGUGAUGCUUCCAAUGUGUAGCUUAAUUUAUGAGUGACAUGUCAUCAUCAAACACCGUCAAGUGCCGGCACGCAGCCAUGAAUCCUUCGGAAGCCAGGAACAACAUUUAUAAUAACGACUGCAGAUCCAAUACAGCUUUUCCAGAUGAAUUGGUAUUGAAAAUCCGAGUUGCCAACACAGCGGAUCCGGAUUUUGUGGAAGUGGAAUUGCCACGCUGCGAGCUUACGUACCAAGCUCUGCUGAGUCUGUGCUGCAACGAGCUGGAGCUCAAUCCGCAUCAAGUUCAAAAGCUACGGAAAUUGCCUAAUACUGUAUUAAGAAAAGACAAGGAUAUUCAGAGACUUCAAGAUUUCCAAGAAAUCGAAGUGGUUGUGGAUGCGACGAACGUCUACAGAAGCAUGCAAAACGCUAACGGAAUCGCCAACAGUUUGCCCGUAUUGCCUGCUAACGGAUAUCAGAGUAUAUCCAAGAAAGAUCAGACCAUCUUGUACUGAUGCACGUUUGUGUCGAAAGAGAAGCCUUCUUUUUUCGGU